AUGAGCCAUGCGAUCCAUAGCCAGUAUGACUCGAUCCUGAUUCUCGAUUUCGGGUCGCAGUACUCGCACCUAAUUACGCGUCGAUUUCGUGAGCUGAAUGUGUACUGUGAGAUGCUUCCUUGCACGCAGCAAAUCAAGGAUCUGACGUGGCACCCGAAAGGCGUCAUCCUCUCUGGCUCGCCCUACUCUGUGUACGACGAAGUUGCCCCCCGCGUCGAUCCGGCGGUAUUUUCCAUGGGCGUGCCCGUGCUGGGCAUUUGCUACGGCCUGCAAGAGAUUGCAUGGAAUCACGGCGGACGUGUAGAUCCGCAUCAUACGCGUGAAUAUGGGCAUGCGACGUUGGACCUUGUGCAAACGGGCAACCGCGUCUGCGACGCGCUCUUUGCGGGCCUCGGCGAAGACCUGACGGUGUGGAUGUCGCAUGGGGACCAGCUGAGCAAGAUGCCAGACAACUUUGACGUGAUUGCGCGGACCAAGACGGCGCCCUACGCGGCAAUUGCGCACAAAGAGCAUCCCUUUUACGGCAUCCAGUUCCACGCAGAAGUCACGCACACCGCCCAAGGCACCAAGCUCUUUGAAAAUUUUGUGACUGUUUGUGGAUGCAGGCGCAACUGGACGAUGGAGACGUUCAUCGACAAGGAAAUUGCGCGGAUUCGUGAGAUGGUAGGUCCCCAUGGCCGUGUCCUCGGCGCCAUCUCCGGUGGUGUGGACAGCAGUGUCGCGGCCAAGAUUAUGCACGAGGCUAUUGGUGAUCGCUUCCACGCCGUCAUGGUCGAUAACGGUGUCCUGCGCAUGGACGAGGCGAAGCAGGUAGACGAAAAGCUAUCCAAAGACCUCGGCGUGAACCUCACCGUCGUCGACGCCUCCGACCUCUUUCUGGAGCGCCUUGUAGACGUGGAGGAUCCCGAGCGCAAGCGCAAGAUUAUCGGCAACACAUUCAUUGAAGUGUUUGAAAAAGAGGCCGAGCGCAUGGAAAAAGAGAUGGGCAAGUACGAGUAUUUGCUCCAAGGCACGCUGUACCCCGACGUGAUCGAGAGCAUCAGCUUCAAAGGCCCAAGUGCGACGAUCAAGACGCACCACAACGUCGGCGGCCUGCUGGAGGAUAUGAAACUCAAGUUGAUCGAGCCGCUGCGCGAGCUGUUCAAGGACGAGGUGCGGGCGCUUGGGCGCUUGAUGGGCAUUCCCGAGCACCUCGUUGGGCGCCAUCCCUUCCCGGGGCCGGGCCUGGCCAUCCGCAUCCUUGGCCCUGUGACGCGUGAUCAAGUCAAGCUGCUCCAGCAUGCGGACAAGAUUUAUAUCGAAGAGAUUUUCAAGGCUAACGUGUACAACGACAUUAGCCAGGCUUUUGCCGUGCUGUUGCCCGUGCGCGCCGUCGGUGUGCAAGGAGACAAGCGUACGUACGACCAGGUGAUUGCGCUGCGUGCCGCACAAACCACCGACUUUAUGACCGCGACGUGGUACCACUUUGACCCCAACCUGCUCUCACGCAUCAGCAACAGAAUCACAAACGAGGUCCAAGGCGUGAACCGCGUUGUGCUGGACGUUUCGUCCAAGCCGCCGGCGACGAUUGAAUGGCUGUAG